CCUUAAAAUAAAACUACCGGGCAAACAGUAGGGAUCAGGAGGGGAAGAGAAGAACUACUAGAUUCUAACCAAGAAAACCGGCCCUGCUUUCCAACCAACAUGACGGAUCAAAGCCCCUUUGAAACAGAUAUGCUAACCCUGAACCGAUAUGUCAUGGAGAAAGGACGACGGGUGAAAGGGGCAACGGGAGAAUUGACCCAGCUUUUGAACUCAACACUCACUGCCAUCAAGGCCAUCUCAUCAGCAGUCCGAAAGGCAGGUCUUGCUCAUAUGUAUGGAAUUGCAGGGAGUGUGAAUGUGACUGGGGACGAGCAGAAAAAACUGGAUAUGUUGUCCAAUUCUCUGGUUAUCAACAUGCUCCAGUCAUCCUACAGCACUUGCGUCCUGGUCUCUGAAGAGAAUAAAGAAGCAAUAAUCACUCCAAAAGAAAAGAGGGUCAGUAUAUGGUCUAAUUCAGUGGAAAAAGAGUGGUCCCUCAUUUAG